CCUAGUUCCACCAUCUGCAUCCAGCUAAAAGAAGGAUCAUGUCGCUUCCCCACGCCUAUCUGCAGAGUCUGUGUCAUACCCAUGACUAUGAUGCGCAGUUUGGUGUUUUAAGAGAGGGGACCAUCGAGGUACAUUGGUACAUCAACAAAGCCGUCCUCAAAGACCUUUAUUGUGCGCGAAAUAUCUGACACGUCAUUGCCAACCGCCAACAGAGGUGGGUUCUCCGCCUAUCUGCUGCUACCUAUACCAAGCUGGUGUGGAAAUUCUACUCCACCUUCCGCAUGGCGGCGGAUCGCCCCCACCUAGGUCGGCU